AUGCCUCGUGGUCAUAAGAGUAAGCUCCGUGCUCAGGAGAAACGCCGCCAAAACAGAGCUGAGAAACAAAGUGAUAAGAGUGCUCAAGUCGCUGCAGAAGAGGAAGGAGAGGCCGCUUGCUCCUCCUCUUCCGUUUUGGGGGACGCUCCCUCAAGCUCCACUGGUGCUGGCACUCUCCAGGCACCUCAGAGUGCCCCAGCCGCCACCAGUGCUGCUGCAGGAGCUUCAGGUGAAAGAUCUGCUAUAAAAGCCAAAGGCCAUGUUAGGAAAAGUAAAAGUUCCUCCAGGGCCUCAAUUUCCACUAAGAAUGCUGGCCAAGAUCUUAUAAAUCAAAAGGCAAUUAUGUUAGUAGAGUACCUGCUGUAUCAAUAUAAAAAGAAUGAUCUCAUUAAAAAGGAAGACAUGCUGAAGAUCAUCCACAAGUGGUUCAGGAAGGACUUCCCUGAGAUCCUCGGGAGAGCCUCUGAGCGCAUGGAUCGGUUCUUCGGCCUGCAAGUGAAAGAAGUGAAGCCCAACAGUAAUUCCUACACCCUUGUCGACAGUGAAGAUGAGAGUCUGAGCAGCGGCUUCAGAUUUCCUACCAAAGGGAUUCUGAUGCCUGUCCUGGGUGUCAUCUCCUUGAAUGGCAACAGCGCCACUGAGGAGGAGAUCUGGAAAUUCCUGAAUAUGAUGAGUGUCUAUGAUGGAAAGAGUCACUUCAUUUUUGGGGAGCCCAGGAAGCUUAUCACCCAAGAUUUGGUGCAGGAAAAAUACCUGGUGUACCAGCUGGUGCCCAACAGUGAUCCUCCACGCUAUGAGUUCCUGUGGGGUCCUAGAGCCCACGCUGAGACCAGCAAGAUGAAAGUCCUCGAGGUUUUAGCCGAUCUCAGUGAUACCCUGCCCACUGCCUACUCACCCCAUUAUGAAGAGGCUUUGCAAGAUGAGGAAGAGAGAAAGCAAGCCAGAGCCCAAGCUGCAACCAGGGAUGCCACUCCUCCCAAGGCCAGUGGUGGCUCCAGUGUAAAGCUUAAGGCUCCUAAGGUUUGA